AUAUAAAAGGCGGUUAUAAAUCGUUUUACUGCGUACUUCAUAAUUUGAAGCUGUGUGAGUUGAAACUUUUCAAACAGUUUACCAAAGUCAAGUCUUUCUAUAAUCUAAAAAAAUGGCCAGUGAUGAAGUAGUCCAGUUUGCUGAAGAUUCUAAUAUUGGAACCGAAUCUGGCACAUAUCAAGACGUUGAAGGUGGACGGAAACAAGAUGGUGGCCAUUUCGUAUCAACUAAGCAAUUUCCUGACGAUUUUCUACUUGGCACGGCAACUGGGGCUUAUCAAGUAGAAGGAGCUUGGAAUGAAGAUAAAGCGGAAUCAAUCUGGGACCAUUAUUUUCAUUCCAAUGAAGCAAACAAGUCGUUCAGAUAUUUCUUAGACUUACCUGAGUCGGUAAUCGAAAACCACAUACAGAAGGGUGUCAAACCUAGAUUAGCUGAUAUAUAUAAGGGAAUGGGAGUUUACGAAUUUCCAUCAACUGCAAUUAACGAUGGUACACAUUUUAAUUUCAACGGUGAUAUAGCUGCGGAUACGUACCACAAAACAGAUGUAGAUAUCGAACUUCUCAAGGAAUUGGGUGUUCAAGUUUAUCGAUUUUCCAUAGCUCCAACCAGAAUUAUUCCAAUGGUUCAUGACCAUUCACCAGGACAAAGCGGAAUAGCAUAUUAUAAUAAUCUAAUUGACAAAUUAAUCGAAAAUGGAAUCACACCAAUGGUAACGUUGUACCACUAUGAUAUGGGGAUGGCUUACAAUAUAAUUGGAGGACUAACAAACUCGGCUACCUAUGUAUUUUAUCCAAAUUAUGUGAGGAUAUGCUUUGAGAAUUUCGGAGACAGAGUAAAAUAUUGGACAACAUCUGCAGAUAUACAUUUAUCGGCUGAAGGAUAUGGUUCUGAGCAUUUCGCUCCUGGGUACCAAGAACCAUUUUUUAGUGGAUAUUCAGAUUAUCAAGUAUUGCAUAACUGUUUUACUAGACUUGCAAUGGUUUAUAAAUUGUACAACGAAGAGUUCAAGGAAAAACAACAAGGACAAUUAAGCAUGGCCAUAGAUGGAGUUUGGUUUUAUCCGAAAGAUCCAAAUAAUCCGGAACAUCAAAAAGCUGCCGAAUGCGCAAGAAUAUCAACAUUUGGUUUGAUAGCACAUGUGUUAGCAACCGGAAAAUACCCGGAAGAAUUUUUAGAAUCUGUUGAAAGGACUAAUAAACGAGAAAAAAUACGGGUCGAACGUGUUGUACAAUUUACAGAGAAAGAACAAGAGUUAAUUAAAGGGUCAUUCGAUUUUAUUGUAUUCAACUAUUAUAAAAGUGUAAAAGUGCGACCAAUGACCAGUGAAGAAUUGGCCAAUGAACCUAAUCUUAAAAGAAGAGAUCGAGGAUAUUUCAUGGAACUUAAUAACACCACAGAAACUGAAGUUUAUGAAGGAUUUUUAAAUUGCUUAAAAUGGAUCAAUGAAAAAAUGAAUAAUCCAAAAAUAUUCAUCGGAGAAAAUGGAUUUCCAGAAGAGGACGGCAUUGACGAAAGUGAAAAAAAAGUAGCUUACCAUACUGGUAUUUUAAAUAAACUACUUGAAGCACUGGAUGAAAACAUAAAUGUUUUUGGAUACUCUGUUUGGUCGUUUUUAGAUACUCUCGAGUUCACAUUUGGUUAUUGGAAGAAGUUUGGAAUUUAUGCGGUGGACUUUAAUGAUGAAUCAAGACCACGUUCAAAGAAAAAUAGUUUCCCUUUCUUUCAACAGUUGUUCAGAACAAAGAAAUUACAAAUAAAAAAUUAGAAUGAAAUAUCAAAAUAAUAUUAAAAUUAAAUACUUACAUUUUUCAUAUUUUUUGCAAUAAUUCUUAACUACAAAAUUAAAAAGGGAUACUGUAAUUUCAAUCUGAUAAAGAAAAAAAAUUAAUUAAAAAUAUAUUUAUUAUUAUCUUUGAUUGAACAGUUUUCUUAUUCUGAAAUAUGUUUUAUUCUUUUACUCAUUACACAUAAACUAUAGGGAAUAAUUUGUGUAAUAUUAUUAAAGAAAAUUGUCGAGCAAGAAAAAUUAUUAGUUUAUAUUUGACACAUCCGAGAUUAAUCAUUGACGAUCACGAUCGCUCUUAGAUUGUGUCGACUCUCGGCGUCUCACAGUGGACUAGAAAUUAAAUUUAGACUGUAUUUGUUCUGAUUUAAAAAUGAUAAAAAUUUAAUUUUUAAAUUCUAUCUCUUAAUCCUGCAAAAUCCAAAGAAAUAUUUUUUGAACUCCAUUUAUAGCUCUUUUAUUGAGGCAUUUUUAUAUUUGUCCAUUGUUUUGUUUCAAAUGUAGUACGUAUAGACUAUAUUAUUAAAGUUUAUUUUGUUUUUCCUUUUUUUUAUUUCAACUAAAAUUAUAAAUGUCCUUUAAAUAUAAAUAAUAGUAUAAGUAAAAUGCCUUUGUUAAUGUAUUUUUAAUGAAAUGAAAUAUGAACUUAAACGUUUUAGUUUUUUUAUUAUCCCAAAACUGCUAAUAAUAUUUGACUACACUAUUAUUCAAUACGUUCAUAUUUUAGAGAGACUACUAAACUAGAUUAUAUUUAUGUAUAUUUUAUAUGUUGCUAUUUCCAAUUGUAACUUACAACAAUUUAAUUCACUUAAAAAAAACAGAUUACCUACUACAAAAGUUGUAUUCGUAUUUAGUUUUUAAUGACAUCUUAUUAUACAAAACAAGUUUAUUUAUAAAUAUAUACACAUUUAUUUUGA